UGCUGGGGUAUAAAAUCUAAUUUGUCCUUUAAAAAAAAUUACAUUAAUGACUUUGUAGAGAAUAGGAUUGCCAAAUAAAAAGAAAUUAAAAAAAAAAAGAAUAAAAAAUAAAAAAGAAGGAAUCACAUGACAGAGAUUGACUGGUUAACAGUUGCGGAACUCACAAGCAAAACCUGUAGAUAAACAAAGGUUAAGAAGGAAGGGAUUUCAUCAGCUGAAUUUUGUUUUAACAGCUAGUUGACAACACACCAGAUAGAUCUAACAGGACGGUUUGAUAGCUGAAACCAUGGCGGUCACCCAUUUAUGGGUCACGGCGGCCGCUAGAGGUGGUGACAGGAUCUUAUUUCAGAACUUAACUGGGACUGGGAGGGUUUCGAAAAUAAUUCGUAGCCUCUUCCCAAAGGUUUUUAAAAAGGUUGAAAAACAGGCUGAGUCGAAGGCGAUAUGGGCUAGCAAAACUGAGGCGACAUGGCAAAGUAGAUGCAGUCCUUUGCUUGCUGAUGUCACAACCCUUAGCCGUGGUGCCUUUACAAAGAUUUUUCCACAAAGAUCAAUGACGUCAUUUGCAUCAACUUUGAGGCUUGCUGCUGCCAGGAAAUUAAUGUAUUCAGGCUUUGGAAAAAGUUCAAAAGCUAAAAAUAUUUCAGUGUUUGGUUUUGUUGGUCUUUGCUUUGCAAUGCAGGAAGAAACAUCUUUGUCAACGAAUGAAGAAUUUAUUUGCACAGAAAUAAGGAACACUUUCCAGGGGUUCCACUCUGUAAGUCGAACUGUCACAGAUACCAAACCGGCAGCCAUCUUCUGUGUUGAAGAUUUCCAGUUUGGAAACUUUAUUGCCAAAGGAAGCUGUUCGGCUGUGUACGAGGCAAAGCUUGUGAACAGAUUUUCAUCCAAUACUAAAUCGGCUGAUAUCCAAUCAGAUGAGUCGGGGGAUGAUGAUAUCUUUCUCUCAUCUGAAGAUGAUGCCAACUUCAGUCUGCCAUCCAGCAAUACUGAAUUUCCCCUUCAGACUGAAAUAGCUGUUCAGUUUGCUGGUGGUAACCACACAGAACUUGAAGAUGUUGCUGUCCUGUUAUCUGAAGAUAGCAGUGACUUCAGUCUGCUUGAUGAGUCUGAUGUUUUUACAUCCGAUUCAGCUGAUGAUGACAUCGAGGUGAUUGAUGAAUCAGAAUCAAACUCAGAGUAUCAAGAACGUCCACACAGAGAUGACCUUGAUGAGCUGGGUGUUGUGCUGGCCACGGCCUUGGUAGACGACGUCCUUGCGGUUGACAGUGUCACUCAUGAAAGUGAUCAUCUUGAUGAGCUGGGUGUUGUGCUGGCUGCAGCCUUGGUAGACGAUGUCCUUGCGGUUGACAGUGUCACUCGAGAAAGCAAUCAUCUUGAUGAAACCGUCUUUCUGCAUGAUCUAGACAGUAGUCUGCAUUCUAAUGAUGAUUCACAGUUCGACUUGGAUGAUUCACAGUUCGACUUGGAAGAUUCACAGUUCGACUUGGCUGUGAAAAUGAUGUUCAACUAUUCUGCUGAAUCUACUGCAGAGGCUGUAACCAUGGCAAUGGAAAAAGAAAUGGUUCCACUGAAACUGGCUCACUCUGACACAGCAGUUACUAAUGUCGAAAAGUGGAAAUUUUGGAGAAGGAGAAAGAAGAGGAAAUGUCUGCCGCUGCACCCAAACAUUGUGGAGAUGAAGGCUGUAUUCAUUGACCAGGUGGCCGACUUCCCAGAAAACCACACCCAGUACCCGGCUGCCCUACCCCAAAGACUGAAUCCUGAUGGUCUGGGGAGGAAUAUGACUAUGUUUCUUGUCAUGAAACGAUACUCAAGUACUUUGCGAGACUAUAUAAGAUUAAAAACGCCUGAUGUUUAUGAAAGCUGUUUGCUGAUUUGUCAAAUUCUGGAAGGUGUAACAUUUUUGCGAGAAACAGGAGUUGCUCACAGAGAUUUGAAGAGUGAUAACAUCCUGUUGGAUUUAACCAAUCAAAAUGCACCGUGGUUAGUGAUCAGUGAUUUUGGGUGCUGCCUUCGUGAUGAUUUGGGACUAGAGAUCCCGUAUUACACGGGCGAAAUAUCAAAGGGUGGAAACAGAGCUCUCUUGGCUCCUGAGAUAGCUUGUACACAGCCCGGCCGAUUCUCUGUGUUGGAUUACAGGAAGUCUGAUGUCUGGACAGUGGGCAGUCUUGUUUACGAAAUAUUCGGUAGAGAAAACCCGUUUUACAGGCUCGAUUCCGCGACCUAUAGAGAAGGUGACCUUCCUCCACUUCCAGAUACCUGUCCAUGGAUUGUAAGAAAAUUAGUUUCGAGUUUACUUCUAAGAGAUCCCAGUAAGAGAUUGGAACCUGCAGUGGCAGCCAAUGUGAUGCACUUGUUCUUAUGGUGGCCUUCUUGGUUUUCGAAACCAUCCAAUGAAAAGGUUCAAGACUGGCUGUUGGCCUUUUCCCGUGAAGUUGCUUAUCAAGAUAUUUCCUUGUUCAUUAGCGAAUCCAAGGCCAGUGUGGAGCACAUGCUACAGCGAAGCUUUCUCUUACGACUUCACUUCCACGAGUUGAUUGAUGCUGUGAAUUUCAUCUAUGACUAGAUAUUUCGAAGUUUAGGUUGUGCUUGAAGUGCCUCUGUGUGUAAAACAAAAAAUUUAAAUGAAAACAAUAACAGGAAAAAACAUCAGAAAGCUUUGUAGGGUCUUUCCAUCUUGUGAGUUAUGGUGAAUUUUUCUUCAAAGAACAAUAAUAGGAACAGUUUUCUGGAAGUGUGAAAAUCUCAAAAUCCCCAAAAGCCAGAGUUUUAUUUUCAUCUCUUCUAGAAACUAGCAGCAGACAUUGACUUUCGGAUUCCAAGUUUCAAGGAAUUAAAUUAAUAUCAGCCUUGUUAGUGUGGUGGUUAAGCAAUAGGAUGUGAGGCUGGUAGGUACUGGGUUCGCAUCUGGGUAACAGCUCCUACCCAGAGCAAGUUUAACUACUUAAUGGCUUGGUGUAUGGCCAAUACACUGACUUCUUUUUCACUAACCACUAACAAUUAACCACUAAUCGACUGACCUGGCUAAGCCUGACAAAUUUGUUCGCCCCCAUUGCUGUCGUUUGCAGUCACUUGAGUUGAUAUAAAAAAUUAAUUCUUCCACAUAUGAUGAAAAUAUUCAGGAAAAUCCUGUCUCACCAUUAUAAAUAAAAUUAAAUAUUCUUAGACUUAAUAAAAUAUAUCCUGCGAUUAUUUUUGUCAAAAGGUCAACUGAAAAAAAUGAAAUCUGCAAAUUUGUUUGGGUAUGGCACCAUACCCAAAUAAUCUUUUGUGGGGAUUGCAUUUUACCCUCUGGUAGAAAGCCGGUCUAGAUAGCUGAAUUUAGUGUGCACGACAUCAUUCUUGAACCUUAAUUGGAUAUAAGUACAAAUUAAAAUAAUUAUAAAUGAUAUGAAUUCCUUAAAAUGGAAUUGUAUUCAUUUAAUUAAAUAAGUAGGACUAUACUUGUUUUAUUUCUCAUUUUGUUUUGUUUAGUUUUAGUUUGAAGUGGAUUCAUUUGUGUACCUAAAUGGUAGUUAGUGUUAUAUUUAAUUAACAUUUGUUUUGCAUUCAAUUUUCUCCCCACUUUUAAUUUUUGUUAUUCAUGGUGCAAAAUGUACAGAAUAAUGUACAUUUGUUAAUUUAUAAUAAUCAGAAUUAUACCUUGAUUAAAUACUUCAUAAUUUUUUAUGUAUUCUAAAUUUAAACACAUCCAUGAAAGUUAAAAGCUAAUAUUUGACUAAUGAAUGUUAUGAAAAGAAAUGUACCAGUUAAUUAAUCGGUUGUUUGGAGUUAAAACUUCUUGUAGAGUUCAUACCUCUCAGAAUGCUUGUUCUUUCUUGUUUAAGAACUAGAUUAGGCCUAGUCAUGAAUUUAAUGUACAUGACAAAUUAUUUUAUAAAAUUAAUUAAUAAAUUUUUCAACAUGCAUCAAGAUAAAAAUUUUGUAACUGUGACACUGAAUCUAUUUACAGCAGGUAAGAUAUUUAAUUCCACGGAGUUGUUCUUUAAUAUAUUUGAGAUUAUGAAAUAUUUUGACAAUUAGUGAACAAAGAUUGUCGGAUUGUUUAGUUUUCUGUUUUUUAUAUUUUAGAGUAGCCUACUUACAUGUACUUAAUUGUACAUACAUUUUGCAUCUUGAUGGAAUUUUAUACACAUUACAUGUACACAUGUUAGUAAAAACAAUUAAUAAAUUUUAUUUUUGA